CUGGGAGAAUCACGGAAAGGUGCUGUCGGCUUGUUCUUGGAAGACUGGGUGUUUUUGAGCUGAAUCACGGCAGAGGCGCGUCACCGUGGGGCGUGGUUAAGCGUAAGAGAUAAACGCCGUGUCCACCGUUACGAUGCAGUUAAGUUACAGUUUGGCACGAGACGACACCGGAGCGGAGAGUCUGAGCAGCUAACCAGUGCGCGUAAAGGGAUGGAGACGAAUGAGAUCUUUUUAAUAACUGUCAUAGCCUCUCACUACAUUUGGAACUUCGUCUUCUUCGCGUGGAUUUUAACAACAAUAGAACCUUUAGAGCCGGACUGCUAUAAAACGCAUUGUUGAAGUUCUGAUCCUGUUUGCGCCAGGACACCCAAACGAGAUUAGACGAAGAGAAGUCGUAAUGAGUAGUUGUGCAAAUGGUGCAUUUUCUGGCCAGAGAGCUGGUACGGAAAGCAGAAUUUCAUGCUCAAGCUACACGUCUACCUGCGCGUAAAGGACAUGGACACAACGGCUCCAGUCACCGCUUCCUGAAUCCCUGCGCUAUGUUUUAGGAGUUCAUCAGAUAUUUCCAAGGCAAUGACCUCUGACCCCCCAGCAGUGACUACCACUGAAGCAGUGACCUCUAAACCCACUGCUGCACCUACACUGUCAGCCACAGCAGAAACCAGCAGCAGUGGCCGAACCCAAAGCCUUCCUGAAACCAGCACCAUCCCAACACUGGACCUCCGAAACCCGCUUCCUCCUCCCCUAACACCUCCCCCACCUCCUCCUCCUGCGCCAGACAUCCCUGACCUUCCACUGCCAUCACCCCCGGUCUUCCCCCUUCCUCUGCCUUCAUCCAAACCUUCUUCAUCAUCCAGUCCUCCUUCUCCUCCAUCGCCGCCUCCCGCUGACAGCCCCCAGCGUCCUACCACGCUCAAACUAAAGACGCUUCCACGUCCCAGCGUCAGGGAGAACGGCUGCCCCCCGCCUGGGCUGGAUGAGGAUGAGGAUGAGAGGAAAAUGCUGGAGGACGAUCUGAAGAAAUGCAUCGAGGACUUUAAAAAGAUCCGCAUGCCCAAAGUUUUUCCAGAUCGCAAGAGGCACUGGCAAAGGGACUUGCUAAAGAAGUACAAUGCAUAGAGAGCUUUGCUGUGGCAUCAUAAGGAGCAAACCUGACAAGGACUUUAAAACAAUGGCGAGGACAUGCUGCUAGCGCCAUACUCGGGCUUUAUAUUUACAUCGCUUUGAUUCUGACUUUGUGAAGAGUGUCAGCAAAAAACCUCUAAUGUAGCUUUUGCAUGUCAACAGAAGUGAACUGCUAAAGUAUAGUUCUCCAGCUGAGCUUGUCUAGCAGACAUGCACUACAUUUGAUGUGUUUACCCAGCAUAGAAAACAUUCACGUCCAGAUUGUGAGUCAUACUUAUGUUUUUCCCACACAAGGUUUUUUUUUUCUUUUGGAAUAGAAAAAAUAUUUGGACUCAUUUUCUUUUCACUCAGUCAAACAAUAUUAAUUGGAGCUUUCUGCCCUUCUCCCUGUACCAUGUCUGCUGAUCAAGCAACUGGAAAAUGUAAGCAAAGUUUGAAAUUUUAGGCGUUUGACCUUAAUGAUGCAAAAAUAAAAGACAGAAGUGAAAUCUCUGGUGCUAAUCAUCUAAAA